CAGUGUCACACGACUUCUAACCGGAUGUGAAUCUUGUAAACAUUCAAGUUGAGGCGGAAAAAGGUAGCCUUCUUUGUUUUCUUUUAAAAGUUACAGCUCAGCGGAAAUACUUAAGAACAAACUUAUGAUUUCUCUUCCUUAUAGCGUUUCGAGGCUAGUUAGUGUUUGCUAGACGCGACUGGCCGUAGUACGAAAACUAGUUAGCAUUAGCGCUACGUGACGAACAGCACGUUCGCACCGAUGUCUCAAGACGGAGAUGCGUCCCUGCCCCCGUUUCGAUCCCUGCACUCUCGCGUUCCCAUGAGUCUUGUUUUCUGUAACCGCAGUCCCAGAGUGGUCCAGCCACUAUGGAUUGAUUUCCGUGGGGAGCCACGGCCCUACAACGACUUACAGCCUAGAACGGGAAGAAUAAUGAACACCUACGUAGGCCACCCGUGGAUGUUUAAAGAUCUAGAAAGUGAUGCUCUGAUGAGGGUGAACGGCAACGAAGUCUUCCUGCCUGCUCUGACAGAUGGUGGAAGUGCUGCUUUUGUAAAUAUUACUCUGCCAGUUUACAGCCUCAAGGAUCGAGCCCUUCAGGUGAUCCGACGCCUGGUACGGCCAGAGGACUACAGAAGUUUGGAAAUAGCACGGUGCCUGAUCGAGGAGCUGGAAGACCCGCCCAGUUUGUUGAAAAGUUUACGACGCUUGAAUCAACGUGUAGAGGACCAUCUACUCGACAGAAUGCAAGACCAGGGGGAGUGAUUGAGAUGACUCUCGGACUAUAGCUCAGCAACAAGGCAAGAAGCUAAAGAGUCAACUUUUUUUAUUAUUGGAUUGUUUGAAAGUACAACUAAACUAAUCUGUUCAUGUCUUCUAAGAGGAAUAUGGGCUGUAUGAGCUAUCUUCUGUGAAGGUGCGUUUUUAUUGGCCCGUUCAACUGCCCGUGUCGAUCGCAUUCGUGACAAAUGAGCUGAUUCCACAGUGGGAUCAUCAGAAAGCAGUGGUUAUGGACAUUGGAAAAAUUAUUUAAAAAUGAUUCAUCAUAGUUUUAUUUUUCCCCUUAUUACUUACUGUAUGCUACUGUUAUCGAAAUAAGUUCCAUUUCCAACAUCAUGUUUGUCACACGACCCUUGUCCUCGUUUUCAUCAAUGGUCCCCCGCUAUGGUGUCAUCAGAACACAAACAUGAAAAAGCCAAAGAAAACCACAAGUAAGUCCUUUAGAUAUGCUCGUUUGAUUUUGGGGUUCAAGUUCAGGUUACUUAAGGGUUUUUUAAAUUUUAUGGUUCCACUUUAUUGAUGUCUUUAACUGCUGAGUGAUGAACAUUUAAAUGUAUCACUUGAACAGAUGCUAUUUAGCUUGCAUUAUAUUAAACAUUACUCAUUUUUA